AUGUGGUCUAGAAUUGAAGAGAACCAGACAGUGGAGAUGACCGUAAAUCUGAGGAGAAUAUGCUCUCGCCUCCCUUGGACAAAGAAGGCGGACAAGGCUGUUAAGAUGUUGAAAAGGGAGAUACAGAAGCAUUUUAAAGAAAAGAUAGGUGUUGCUAUAACUAGUGAACUCAAUAAUUUCAUACAUUCACGCGGGACCAAGAAGAUUCCAAGCAAGGUCAGAGUUAGAGUCACAAAGGAGUCAAGUUUGAAGAAUGCUGAGGAAAAUGUGCUGAAAACGGAUUUAGUCAUAGUUGGAUCAUUCAAGAACCUUAAGGAGGUCAUUGUCGAUUAA